GCACGUUCAAGUUGGCGAGGAAACCAUUCAGACAACUUGUCUCCAUUCAUGGAUAUCUCAAGACCGGGCCGACGUGAAGCAAGUACCUCUGGUUUAUGCACUGACGUCCGGGAAGAACGGAAAAGAUUAUAAGAAGGUCUUCAAGGAGAUUGUCCGGAUGUUGCCAACUGAACCAGCAGUUGAAUUGUUUACAACCGACUUCGAGAGAGGCAUCUGGAAAGGCCUUCGUGACGUUUUUCCGGACCCAAGGCUGUGCCUUUCAUUGGUCAAAAGCAGUACAUAUGCUGUAUAUGGAAAAGUCCAAGAACUUGGAUUACAGGUGGCCUACCAAGAUCGGGAUGAUGUAAACAAGUUUGUUCGUAAACUUAUGGCUCUCCCACUCAUACCAGAGGAACACGUACUUCCAUCAUUUCACCAGAUGACAACUGGGAUUCCUGAAGGGCCGAUGCAGCGACUACUGGACUACGUCGAAGAGACGUGGAUAAACAGCCGGACGUGGCCCGUGGGAUCUUGGUGUAAUUACGGACAGGCCAUCCGCGCCAAAAACGAAGUUGAGGGCUAGCACACGCGCAUGAAUGUCAACAAGGCGAAGGGAACGCACAACCUCCCAUUCUAUAUACUUGUCAACCUGUUGAGGAAGGAGGCUGACUUGCUACCCCUACAGAAAAGGCUGAAAAGGAGACUCCCUUUUUAUCUUCCGACGCAAACGAUUGAAAUGAAACCAAAAAUAGUAUAUUCAUUUUCAACAUGGGCUCCGACGAAUGUGUCGCGUGUUCCAGGAAAGUUUCUGCACGACAACAUGCACUUCAGUGUAACACAUGCAGUUUAUGGCAACAUAGGGUGUGCGACACGGCAAAGGUAUCGACAGAUGAUGAAGAGCGAUGAAACCAUAGAGUUCAUAUGCACGAGAUGCCGUGAAGACGAAACCGACAGAGCACCUGCCUUUCUGCGAUUAAGCCAAAGGGCCACUUCACCAGAAUUGAGAAGCCUGGUACAAUACAUUGAAAACGCCUGGUUAGACAGCCCUGUAUGGAAUCCAAGAAAUUGGUCUUUUUAUCGGCAGUCCAUCAGGACAAACAACGAUGUAGAUGGUUACCACACCAGGAUAAAUGCCGACAUUGGCAGAGGGCACAUGUCGUUUUAUAUCGUUGUCCCUGCUCUGCGGCGAGAGACGAACAUCGUAGAUCUCACAUUCAGACUUGUCAGCGAGGAGCAGAUUCUGCGGGAUCAGAGAAGAAAACAAGCCAGGUUGGAAUGCAGGCUACACCAGUGCUGGCAAGAUUACGAAGAGGGUGAACGGACUGUGUCGCAGCUACUCAGUGAUUGUGGACGUAUAUAUGGACCGUCUAACGAUUAACGGGUGUACGGAGAUACUUAUAUGGGAGAGAAACUGAAAGUCAUAUAUAUGUUUUAAAAAUAUUGUUACCUUAUCUUAAAUAAAAAUUAACCCUUU